GUGCAGGUGCAGGUGCAGAUGCAGAUGCAAGUGGAAGUGGGGGCCGUGGUGAAAGCAAACAAACACAAAAACCAGCAAGGCUGACACGUGUGGAUAAAGAAGGUAGAAGGGCCGGUUGCAAACCUAAGGCCAAAGAGCCUUGCUCACAGCCUACAGCCUAGCGUGCAAUCAACCCUGAAAAAUUUGAAGCUAUUGAUAUGAAUGCUUGGGAGGUCGCUGUUCAGAAGCAUCUUGCUUCGCUCCCGCCCGGUGAGAGAGCCGCGUUCCAGGCGCCGGCAUCCGUAGAAGACUGUAUGACCAAAGUCCACAUGGUACGGCAUCGUCAUCGGCAAAAAUAUCACAAAUUGUUAGAAACACUUCGCCCAAUUAUUGAGCCGUUGGAGCGUUUCCAAGGUGCCAUCGAUGUCAUUGCGCAAGUUCAAAGUGGUAUGAUUGCGCCUGUAUGGGGUCCAUUGCGCGCUGUCAUUACGCUUGCCUCGGACCGAAUAACUACACUUCAGACACUUACCCGUCUUCUCGAACGCUUAGUGGAACCCCUCAAACGCUUUCAAACAUACGAGAACAUCUUCAGUGGGAACCCAGCUCUUCAAGCAGCUAUUGGCGCGCUGUACAGCGACCUGAUAGACUUCUGUACUCGAGCUGUGCGCUUCUUUGGCAAAAGAUCAGUUCGGACCAUAUUUGGGUCUUUCGACAAAGAUUUUCGCGAAGUGUCUGAGAACAUUCGGCAUCAUUGGACCGAGAUUGACAUUGCUGCAAACUUUGUUCACAUCACACAAUCAAGUGCACUUCGAACGGCCGAGAAUGAUCGUCGCCAGGCUCAACUUCGCGGUGACAUGCAACGAUGGCUUUUCCCGGCCUCGAUUGCCGACGACCUUAACAGAUGCGCCGCUGAGUGUGUGGAAGGCUCCUGUAAAUGGUUCCAAGAUAGCGAUCAUUACAAUAUGCUCACUUCGGUUUACGACUCCUACGCAAUUCGUAUUGUCGGCAGACCUGGUGAAGGCAAGACCACGCUAUCGGCCUGGGUUAUGCAAAAGUUCCAACGCAUGGACUCAAUGCGAGUCCUUUGCUUCUUUUGCAAAGCUGGUGAUGCUCAGAAGCGCUUAGCAGUACAUGUCAUUCGAACUUUGCUUUCGCAACUGCUACAAUUGCACGAUGACGGUUAUAAUCAAUUGGAGAAAUGGUACCAGAACUCCGGCCGCCCGAUAGCGGAGUCCUUUACAGAACUGUGCGCUGCAUUCCUUGACUUGCUUCCACGGAUCGGCAAACAGCCAUUAUGCAUCAUCAUUGAUGCAAUAGACGAGUGCACCGAACCGCAAGAAUUGAUCAAAAUUCUUCAGAAAUGCAAAUACUUGGCUCCUGGACCUGUACACAUGAUCUUGACAAGCCGCGACUAUCCGAAUUUAAGAUCCUUGUUUGACUUCGUGGAUGCCCAAAUUACGUUUCCAGUACACUUCACUGAGGUUGCCAUCAGGAGCUACGUUGCCAACAGGGUUGCUGGUUUAGAUUUUGCGCAGGCGAAAGGGCUCCGUGAGGAGGUAAUAGCUGAGGUAUCUCAAGCAGCCGAUGGACUGUGGUUAUACGCCAGACUCGCCUUGGACGAAAUAAGUCAAGCUUCAGGUAGAUCCGAGGUCAGAAGACUUUUGAGUAGUCUCCCCAAGGACUUGAUAUCCUUGUACAGCUCCAUCAUAAGAUCAUCAGAGGCUCGAUUUUCUGAGUCACAGAUUCGCAUCGCGCAGGAAAUAUUCAUCUGGAUCGAUGGGGCAGACUACAUGCCCUGGUGGCAUUUUCAUUCGAACGAUAUCCUCGAAGAUAGUGCCCUCACCGUGCUUAUAACCUUUGCGAACGGGGAAGAGGAGGUGUUCGAUCCUAUGACGUUGAUACAAAGGCUAUGUUUUCCGCUCGUUGACGUCUUUUACAAGACAAUAGACGGGGAAAGAUGUCCUUUUGCGGCCAGCUUUGUGCACUACAGCGCAGAGCAAUACCUCAAAUGGACCUCGGACAUAGAUUCCAAUCAGCUGCCGCGAAUCCUGGGGCACCGGAAAUUGCGCAAAUUGUACCGUGGGGUCACUUCAGCCUGGUAUUUUACGGAGAGUAACGACUUCAAGCACGUUCUAUCCGAGCUUCGAGAAGAUCCUUACGGUAAUGGUGUUGGCGCGUACUUUGAAAUGGCAUACGGUAUGGGGGAUAGCUGGCAUGCAGCAUCUCUUCCAGAGAACCUUGAUGAAGACGACAAGAGGAUCGUGGAAGAACUUUGCAAGCCACUCGUACGAUAUAUACAAACCACCGAAUGCAUCGGCUGGGCCGAGGCAGCAAUAUUGAUCAAUUAUGCUGGUGGUUUUACAAACUUGCUCGAGAACGUUCAGAAGGCGAUCGAUAUUCUCGAAGACAGUGAUUCUGGCAAAUACAUUGCUGGGUGGCACGAAUAUGUGCAAGCCCGUCGACUCUUUUUCGUAGAUUUUGGAUAUAUCCUCAAAAUCACGGGACCAGGAUAUAAAUCAUGGGAUAGAACUACAGCAGUAAUGCCAGACGGAUUCGAAGAUCGAGAGGUCGCAACGGCCAUUCUAGCUCUUGGAAGGAAAUAUCAACACUAUGUCGAUGAAGCUCCAACAGUUACCAACCUCUCUGGCGAGACGAUAUCUGAGCAAACUACCAGCUCAUCUCGGGAAUGGAACCGACGAAGUUCCUCGCAGGAUAAGCAGUCCAAUAUGUCAUAGAUACGGCAAGCAUCGCUUACUCAGUAGUAUUGGUAUUGGGUUUUGUAAGAUUCACACUCUAUGUAACAGACGGAACGUGGAGACAAAAGCACAGAUCAUUUGACAAGGGGUGAGGGAAAGUAGGCGCAUUUGUCUGAUCAAUUCAUGUUUUGGGCUAAAUGACUGGUUCUCAAAAAGGUGGUGCGGUCGAUUUCAUAUAUGCAGAGUUACUUUUCUUCCGUUGCGCGAUUGUUAAAGUAGUUGAUCUACGGGAACAUUGACUUUAUCCAACUUGGCCAUUG